AUCACAGGUAUGGAGGCUGUUGGAAAGGCUGGUGGUGUAGUUGAAGCAGCAAUGUCCUAUACAGGUGAUGUAAGUGAUCCAAGUCGUCAGAAGUAUAAUAUCAAAUACUACGUUAAUUUAGCAAAUGAGCUAGUUAAUGCAGGUACACACAUUUUAUCUAUUAAAGAUAUGGCUGGGCUAUUGAAACCUAAAGCUGCCAGAAUAUUAGUUGAUGCAAUUAGACAAAGGCAUCCAGAUUUGCCAAUUCAUAUUCAUACUCAUGACACAUCAGGCUGUGGGGUCUCAUCAAUGCUUGCCUGUGUAGAGGCUGGUGCAGAUAUCAUUGAUGUUGCUGUUGACAGCAUGUCUGGUAUGACAAGUCAACCAUCUAUGGGUGCAAUCGUGGCUUCAUUACAAGGUACAAAAGCAGAUACUGGUUUCGAUUUAAACGAUAUUUCAGAAUACUCAGCCUACUGGGAACAAACUCGAACUUUGUACGCACCAUUCGAAUGUACAACCACUAUGAAGUCUGGAAAUGCAGACGUAUAUUUAAAUGAAAUACCUGGGGGUCAGUAUACGAAUCUUCAAUUUCAAGCUUACUCUCUUGGACUUGGAGAAUUUUUUGAAGAUGUUAAAAAGGCUUAUAGAGAAGCAAACCUUUUAUUGGGUGAUAUUAUUAAAGUUACACCUAGCUCUAAGGUUGUUGGUGACCUAGCGCAAUUCAUGGUUCAAAAUAAAUUAAAGUCAAAAGAUAUAAUUGACAAAGCUGAGGAACUUUCGUUCCCUAGAUCGGUAGUUGAAUUUUUCCAAGGUGCCAUUGGAGAACCUUAUCAAGGAUUUCCUGAACCUUUAAGAUCAAGAAUCUUGAAAGAUAUGCCCCGAAUCACUGGCCGACCAGGUGCCAGUCUACCACCACUAGAUUUCGAUGCUCUAAAGGCUCAUUUGCAAGAAUUACAUCCUCACAUAACUGAAAAAGAUGUCAUCUCUGCAGCACUGUAUCCAAAAGUUACAGAAGAUUUUCUGAAUUUUCGUGAGAUUUUUGGACCAGUUGACAAGCUAGAGACAAGAAUUUUUUUGACUGGACCUAAAGUUGGUGAAGAAUUUGAAGUGGCCAUCGCAAAAGGCAAGACUUUAGGUAUAAAGACGUUAGCUAUGGCUGAAGAUCUUACUUUAAAUGGAGAGCGAGAAGUUUUUUUUGAAAUGAAUGGACAGUUACGAUCUGUUUUUAUUAAAGACAAGGAAGCGGUAAAGGAACUGCAUAUCCAUCCAAAAGCUUCAAAAAGUGAUAAAAGUCAAAUCGGGGCACCUAUGCCUGGCACUGUUAUAGACAUUUAUGUAAAAAUUGGUGAUAUCGUAGAAAAAGGUGCUGCUCUCAUGGUUCUCUCAGCAAUGAAGAUGGAAAUGGUGGUGCAGGCACCCCAAGCUGGUAAAAUUAAAAGUAUUGAAACUGCUAUCGGAAUAAAACUUGAAGGCAAUGACCUUCUUAUAACCAUGGAAUAACACGUCACGAGUGGAGUGCUUAAACUUACACAAUUUUUUGCUUUAUACUUUGUUAUAUAAAAUAAAAUAAUAUUGUCCGUGGCUAUAUUUUAUAAUA